UUCAGAUUUAACUGAAAACAACAUGUUAAACAUAAAGAUAGUCAAAGGUGGCUGCCGUGGACGUGAAGCCGUUACAUUUGGAGUGUGGCUGCGAGCAUGUUCCACACUGGUAAAAAGCAAAAUAAAGACACUAGCCAGAGUGCAGUCAGCUAGUUACUCAUCCAGUGACUUUUCCAAUGACUUGAGCGACGAGAAACUCCCCUCCGAGGAGCUGAAAAGCCCAGUCUGUUCAUACAACGAAUGGGAUCCUCUUGAAGAAGUCAUCGUGGGACGCGUUGAAG